GAGUAAACAAAAUAUAUGUAUAUAUAUAUACGCAGAGAUACAUACAAAUUGAAGUCUCCAUCAUGGGUUAAAGCAAAGGGGAGAGACCCAACGCACAAAUAAGAAGGGAGAUAUACGCAGCAAACUCUGAAAAACAAUAUUGUUGUUGUGGGAUUUGAAGCUGAAGAGGAGCGAGAAUGGAGGUUUUGAAAAUGCCGAGGUCGAGGCAGCACCACCAUUUCCAUUUCCAUUUCCAUUUCCAUUUCCUUCUAUUAAGCAUUCUACUGAUUCUCCCCUUAUUAUUCUCCUCCUCCUCCUCCUCCUCGGCCUCUGUGGAUCCCCAAGUCGAAGCUCUCUUCGCGUGGAUCAACUCCACGGCAGCCGUCGACAAUUCGAAACCUCCCGUAUUUCCCGAUUGGAAUCCGAAUUCCCGCUCUCCGUGCAACUGGACCCACGUAUCCUGCAACCCCUCCGGAGAGGUCACCGCCCUCACCGUCCAAUCCGUCCCCCUCGCCGUCCCCUUACCCGCGUCCCUCUGCGCCUCCCUCCCCUCCCUCUCCUCCCUCACCGUCUCCGACUGUAAUCUCACCGGGCCCAUCCCCCCGGACCUGUCCUCCUGCUCUCAGCUGACUCGCCUCGACCUCUCCUCUAAUUCCCUUUCGGGCCCCAUUCCCUCCUCUUUGGGCCGUCUCUACAGAUUAAUAUUGUUAAUUCUGAAUUCCAAUCAGCUCUCCGGACCCAUCCCUCCGUCCCUGGGGGGGCUGCGGUCCCUCCGCCAGCUCCUCCUCUUCGACAACCGCCUCUCCGGGCCCCUCCCCGACUCCCUCGGCGAUCUCGCCUUCCUCGAGACCCUGCGCGCCGGCGGCAACCGCGAAUUGUCCGGGCCGAUCCCGGAGUCGUUCUCCCGGCUCUCCCGGCUGGCCGUGCUCGGCCUCGCCGAUACGAAAAUCUCCGGGCCGAUCCCCGCGUCCCUCGGCCGGCUGCAGAACCUCCAGACUCUCUCCGUCUACACGGCGAUGCUCACCNUCGGCCUCGCCGAUACGAAAAUCUCCGGGCCGAUCCCCGCGUCCCUCGGCCGGCUGCAGAACCUCCAGACUCUCUCCGUCUACACGGCGAUGCUCUCCGGGCCGCUCCCGCCGUCGCUCGGCCGCCUUCCCAACCUCCAGCGGCUGCUCCUCUGGCAGAAUUCCCUCACCGGCCCCAUCCCGGACUCGUUCGGCAACCUCUCGGCGCUCCAGUCCAUCGACCUCUCGAUCAAUUCCAUCUCCGGGGCGAUUCCGCCGUCGCUCGGCGCGCUCGCCGGCCUCCAGGACCUGAUGCUCAGCGACAACAACAUCUCCGGCUCGGUGCCGCCGUCGCUUGCGAACCUGACGUCGCUCGCGCAGCUCCAGCUCGACACCAACCAGCUCUCCGGGCUGGUCCCGCCGGAGCUAGGCGGGCUGUCGUCGCUGACCGUCCUGUUCGCCUGGCAGAACCAGCUCGAGGGCGCGAUCCCGCCGUCGCUGGCGUCGCUCUCCGGCCUGCAGGCGCUCGACCUCUCGCACAAUCACCUCACCGGCGCAAUUCCGGCCGGCCUCUUCCUCCUCCCCAACCUCACGAAGCUCUUGCUGCUGUCGAACGACCUGUCGGGCCCGCUGCCGCCGGAGAUCGGCGGAGCCGCGUCCCUCGUCCGCCUCCGCCUCGGCGGCAACCGCAUCGCCGGCGCGAUCCCCGCGGAGAUCGGCGGGCUCAGGAACUUGAAUUUCCUCGACCUCUCGGGCAACCGCCUCUCCGGCCCGAUCCCCCCGGAGCUCGGCAAUUGCUCGGCGCUCCAGAUGCUGGACCUCGGCGGCAACGCGCUCGGCGGCGCGCUCCCGGCGACGAUCGGGUCGAUCCGGGGGCUCCAGGUGCUCGACGUCUCGCUCAACCAGCUCGCCGGCCCGAUCCCGGACAGCUUCGGGGGGCUGGCGGCGAUGAACAAGCUGGUCCUCGGCGGCAACGCGCUGUCCGGCCCGAUCCCCGCGGCGCUCGGCAGCUGCCGCGGGCUCGAGCUGCUCGACCUCGGCAGCAACCGGCUCUCCGGCGGGAUCCCCGCCGAGCUGUGCGACAUCGACGGCCUCGACAUCGCCCUCAACCUCAGCAGGAACUCGCUCUCCGGGCCGAUCCCGGAGAAGAUAUCGCAGCUCGGCAAGCUCUCGGUGCUCGACCUCUCCUUCAACGCGCUCGGCGGGACGCUGACCGCGCUCGCCGGGCUGGAGAACUUGGUCGCGCUCAACGUGUCCAACAACAACUUCACCGGCUACCUCCCGGACACGAAGCUCUUCCGCCAGCUGUCGGCCGCCGACCUCGCGGGGAACGAGGGGCUCUGCACCCGCGGCGGCGACGUGUGCUUCGUGAGCGUGGACGCCGGCGGGCGCCCGGGGAUGACCGCGGAGCAGCAGAGCCGGCGGGUGCGCCGGCUGAAGCUCGCGAUCGCGCUGCUGAUCACGGCGACCGUGGCGAUGGUCCUCGGCAUGAUCGGCAUCGUGCGGGCGCGCCGCAUGGGCGGCGGCUGCGGCCGCAAGGGAUCGGACGACGACGACGACGACGAUCGGGAGCUCGGCGGGGAGAUGUCGUGGCCGUGGCAGUUCACGCCGUUCCAGAAGCUGAGCUUCUCGGUGGAGCAGGUGGUGCGGAGCCUCGUCGACGCCAACGUGAUCGGCAAGGGCUGCUCCGGAGUGGUCUACCGCGUCGACAUGGACAACGGCGACGCGAUCGCCGUCAAGAAGCUGUGGCCCAGCAACCGGGCGGCGGCGGCGACGGCGACGGCCGUGGGCUGUAAUAAGGAGGAGGGAAGCGGCGGCGGGCGCGGGCGCGUGCGCGACUCGUUCUCCGCGGAGGUGCGGACGCUGGGGUCGAUCCGGCACAAGAACAUCGUGCGGUUCCUGGGGUGCUGCUGGAACAAGAGCACCAGGCUGCUCAUGUACGACUACAUGGCCAACGGGAGCUUGGGCAGCCUGCUGCACGAGAGGAAGGGGGUGGCGCUGGAGUGGGACCUGCGCUAUCGGAUAGUGCUCGGCGCCGCGCAGGGCCUCGCCUACCUGCACCACGACUGCGUGCCGCCCAUCGUGCACCGCGACAUCAAGGCCAACAACAUCCUCAUCGGCCUCGACUUCGAGCCCUACAUCGCCGACUUCGGCCUCGCCAAGCUCGUCGACGACGGCGACUUCGGCCGCUCCUCCAACACCGUCGCCGGCUCCUAUGGCUACAUCGCCCCUGAGUAUGGAUACAUGAUGAAGAUCACGGAGAAGAGCGACGUGUACAGCUACGGCGUGGUGGUGCUGGAGGUGCUAACGGGGAAGCAGCCGAUCGACCCUACGAUCCCCGACGGGCUGCACGUGGUGGACUGGGUGCGGCGGAGGAAGGGGAGCGCGGAGGUGCUCGACGCGAGCCUCCGCGGGCGGGCCGACUCGGAGGUGCAGGAGAUGCUGCAGGUGAUGGGCGUGGCGCUGCUGUGCGUGAACGCCGCCCCCGACGAGCGGCCCACAAUGAAGGACGUCGCCGCAAUGCUCAAGGAGAUCCGCCACGAAAGAGAGGAGUACUACAGCAAGGUUGAUGUCCUCCUCAAAGGCUCGUCGCCUUCCCCGAAAGGAGCUGCAGCAGCCGGUCACGACACAUCAAACGCCGCGACGACGUCUAUGUCGUCGUCAUCAAGCACGCCCCUGUGCCGAGGGGGGAGCCAGGGCAACAGCUUCUCGGCGGCCACCAUCUAUUCGUCGUCGUCGUCGAAGGCUAAACCGCAGUUUGGUUAGAAGAAUUAGCCGCGUCUUUAGCUUUGGUUUUGGCUUGUUUCAGGUCUGGGUCUGAUCCGGCAUCGCCUUAGUGAGGUAGUGGUGGUUGCGGGGGAGAACUUUGAUGAGGCACAUCUCAGGGAGUCGCAUUCCUUCGUACUGUAAAAUUCGAUUUGAGAGCUAUCUGACGGUAGAAAGUAGUGCGUUUUACUGAUGCGCAUCUCAUAAAAUUUUUGUCUGGUCGAGGCCGGCGGGAUGUAAAGAAGAAUGAUCGAUUAAUUUGUUUUCAGCUAGUACUGUAGUUAGAAUGGGCCUCAAAACAGAGCAAGAAGAAAGAAAGAAGGGGGGCCUAAUGCUGUGAGAGUGUUUGUUCAAUAUAUAUAUAUAUAUAUGCUGCAAUAAGAAUGAAGAUUUUUAUGCUA